CGGUGAAUUCACCAACUAUUUCUGGAUUGGACUGCCGAUCGAGUGCAAUGAGAGGCAUCUCAGGACUUCACUGACUUUGUUUCGCAGCGAACAUUCUGAAGCUUGUGUUUGGUCAUUGAAAGAAUAACAAGCAGUUUUUUAUCAUUUUGGCAGGUCUUGUGAAAUUAAUUUGUAACUUUCAGAUUUCUGGGGCUUUGGCCUUCUUGAUAAGAUUAGCCGAAUGACUGGCAUGGAUUUCUGAUGUUGGUGAUAUCACACUCCUUAUUUCAAGAAUGUGUUAAAAAGGGGAUUACCAUCAGCCAAGUAUCCGAUUCAUGCGAGUUAAGGGAUUUCCCAUGCAUUUUCAGUAGAUUUGAGGAUGUCCGACUGAUGUCAGUGGAUAAACUUAUCACUUAGCUGUUAUUCUUCUACUGAUUUAUUCAAACAUUUUCUUGGAUACAUCAAUAAAACAACUCUUCCUGUGUUGUGAACAGUACAAAAACUGUGCAGAAUUUCCUUGCCUUUUUGGAUAGACAGUUUCGUAAGGAUCUUAGUGUGGGCCACCUCUUAUGGUGCAUACUAUGGCUGCAUCAGUCAAGUCAAGUUCUCUAUCUGUAAUGGGACAACCUUGGAAUGCUUGGCUAGACAACAGUAUGGAAGUGAGCUAUGAUCUCCCAUUUGAAGAUGUCCUUCUGCAUCCUGGGGGUGAGGUAGAAAUUCAGAGUGAAGAGGAAAGUAUUGUGGAGGCUGGCCCCCCAGUAAUAGUCCUACAGCAACCCGGUGAAGUUAACUCAUUCACAAGUUUAAACGGCCUCGACUCCGACUAUGGAGACGAAGAAAGUCUUUCAGGCAGCCCAUCUAGUCAUCAAAGUUUGCAAGAAUACUACCGCAGCCUCCAUCUUGAAGUGAACGAGCGUCUGUUGACGGAUGAGGAGAGCGAGGAGGAUGAGAUGCCCAUCAAGAGGAAGAAGAAGAAGAAGAGGAAGCUCAUGUUUGAAACAUGUGAAAAACAGAACAAAAAUGGCCGUCAAGUGGCAGCAGAAGCAUUACUCAGUAUGGAGUCGCCCAGCACAAGCAGCGAGUCAAAAACCUUUUUACAGGGUAUUCUAGCUCAACAUGGCCUGAUCCAGCAACAACCAGCCUCCUUGCCUCCAAGUCCAGCUGACAGUGGUGUGUCAGACUUAGAAAGUAGCAGUGACGAGGCAAGAGUGCGUUUACAAGCCCUGGCUAAUGGAGGUCUACCCUAUUUAAUUCCGUCUUACUGCCAACCCCUACCCCACCACUUAUUCAAGCAGCUUCCUUCACCAACGCAUAUAGCGAUGAGACCAGAUCACUCACUCUACCAGAAUCCUUACACGAUACCUACGACUGUCAACCAUCAUUUAGAACCCCUAGAAUAUGAAAAAUACGAAACAAGCCACCUGGCGUCGCCAUCAUCGCCAACCAGAAAUAAAUGUAAAAAAGCUCGCAAAAUGAAACAUUGUACAGAGGAGGUGUCGCCUAUUCCGUCAAAGAGAAAGAGGGAAAGUAGCACCACCUAUCUCUGGGAAUUCCUUCUACAACUUCUCCAGAACAGAGACUACUGUCCGCGAUUUAUCAAAUGGUUGAAUCGGGAGCGUGGUGUGUUCAAAUUAGUUGACUCAAAGGCGGUAUCGCGACUCUGGGGUAUCCACAAGAACAAACCAGAAAUGAACUAUGAGACCAUGGGCAGGGCACUAAGGUACUACUAUGCACGCGGGAUCCUCAACAAAGUUGACGGUCAGAGACUUGUAUAUCAGUUUGCUCAAGUACCAAAGAAUAUCGUGGAAAUUGACUGCGGAACAAGCUAACCAGAAACUGACAUAUAAUGUUGGUAUAAUCCGUGCCAUAUCUGGGAGGAGUGAUGAGACGUUGUCGCCUUGGUUCAAGAGAUGGUGUAUAUUAACACCUGCUCUGCGCCGUGUGAACUUCUGACUCUGUUUUGAGAGGGGUGAUUGUGUGCUGAAUUCGAGGCUCCAGAAAGGAGCAUAUGGACACAGUGAUGACUUGGUUUGAAGCCAAAAUUGAUAGAUUGAAUGUAUUGAAUUCUGAUAAAUGCAAAGACGUGUGUGAUUGACUUAAUAGCAGGGAGAUUGGGCAUCCUUGGAUGGCGUUUCUGGGAUAGGACAAUGAAAAUUAGUUAGUGUGAGAUCGCCGAAGACACAAUGAGAUACGUUUUGAAGGACAUCUGUUUUACAUAAUGUAUAUUCCCAGGACAUUAAAGGGUCUUGGCCAAGUACAGAUCUUUUCUCUCAAGGCAGCAGUGCCAGCUGAUAUAAAGUCAGUUAAAAACUAUUCACAGCUUUAUUUUUGAACAAUCGAACUUUCAAUGGGCAUAUAUAAGUGGAUGGUGCUCGUGUUCAGUAAAAAAUGUACACAAACAUUCUACUAACUGUUAGUGUACACUUUUUGGCGUAAUUAAUACAACUCUUCUAAAAUCUUCAGUAGGGCUGACUCGGCAAAUUCUAUGUUUGCUUUUAUGCCUAAUUUAUCAUGUUGAAAGUAUGGCUUCCUAACCUUCAAAGCACCAGUAUUGAUAGACAUAAUUCACAUGAACAUAUUUUGUAGUGCACAAAAUCAAAAUUGACUUCCUUGGUAUAGUUUGAGACGAUGGACUAGCCAUGAUGUAGAGCUGUAGAUCACUUUCACUGUUUUUGUAGUGGGCAGCAUUGAACUUCAGCUUUACAACUACAAAUACUGUUGCAAAAGCUCAAACUAGCUUUAUGACUUCGGAUACUGUUGUGUACGUCAACCUAAAAAACACAGAUCUCCAAGUACAGGAAAACCUGUGUUGAGUGCGAACAAUUAAGUCGGUUUCAAUUGGCUUUAAACUGGUAAAAAUUGGGAUUCGUGGAGUCUUUGGGGGAUAGUCACGACUGCAGUUAAGAAAUCAGGCGAUUUCAAAGUUCGCCUUUCUGGCAACAGACUGCGUUGAAAACUUAAAAACACUCGCUGGGUGGACGUUCCUGAUCUUGAUUAUUUGUGAUGGUAUUUAGUGUUUUUGUUCUUGUGAAGUACCAUGUGGUCUUGUGGUCAGCUGUUCUGUUGUUUAUAUUCUAGAUAUUUGUAGAAGGGCAACGACAGAGGUAUUCAUUGACUUUUACCUUAUGAUUCUUGAAUAUUUUGAGUGUAAAAAAUGGCGAAAUUUGGGUUUAAAUUGGAAGAAAUAGCCAAGAAUGACCAAUCAGAACUUCAAAAAGACACACUGACCAACCUGAAAUCGACAUGGGUUACAGCGAUGGGGGUGGUCGUGAUAAUUUGUCUUUAAAGGAUUGCAUCAUUAAAAAAUGCUUGGUCAACAAGCAGAAUUUGGUCAAUUCAGUUGAUUCAGCCAAUGGAAUGAAAAUGUCUUUUUUGCAUUAGGUCAAAAGUGCAGUUGUAUCCCUGUGCUAUGGUUGUAGACUACUUAUGAUUUGUAAAUUGUAUAUACGAUAUAUUGGGCACUCUCUGAAAAUUCUAAGAUGGUGUUCUGUUAUGAUGUUAUUUUAUAGUUUACCGAUGGCCAAUGGGUGUUCAGGCUUUACCAUUAUUGUGCGGGGCCUUCAAACUGGAUAUGGCUAUUCUGGUAUUUUAUAACUUUUGGCACAUUUUAGUGUUAUUUGAAUGUACAUUAAACAAAGUUACAUUGCUAGAUAUUUUAUUGGUAUAUUUGAGUUGCUGUGAAGAGGUGUCAUGGUAGUCCUUGGACUGGGUAACAUUUUGCCUUUUUGUUCUGGUGACCUUAGUUCUAUUGCAUGCAUCUGACGGAAAAAUUCUGUUAUUCAAGAAACAAAAUUUGUAAAAAGCUAUUGGAUCAUUUACAUUGUAAAACACUCUAUUGGCUUUGAUAUAAAGCACAUACCGGGUACCAUACUGUAUUUCCUAUGCUACAUUAGUAUUUGAUAUACAAGUUUGAAAGCCUGUUCUACUCUUGCUGUAGCGCCUAGCUGGACAUAGUAAGGUUCGGUGAAUGAUCUUGAUGUUCUUUUGAAGAGGCUAGAUCUGGCGUGUUCUGAGGAUAUGGGCCUGGCAUAACUCGAUGUACUUAGCGCUUUUUCUUCCUUUUCGAAAAGAAGUGUAUGCACGUGUCUGUAGUCCAUUAAACAUAGUAUUGGAAGAUACUAGAUUGUCCUUGUAAUCCAAACCCCAUACUGUGAACCAGGAAAGGCUUGCUUGCCUUUGGUGUGUUUUUGGCAUGUACAGAUAAAAUGUAUUGCUGUGAAAAAGAAUAUCGGAUGGAAACUACUGUUUAUACAGGGUUGUCAAAAUGCUGAAUUAAAUCUCAAAGUAUUUCCGGGUUAACACAGUGAAUCUAGCCUCUACUUGUUGUCAUCCUUAUUGGAAUUGUCAAAUAGUUUAUAAAGCAAUAAAUUCAGAACCAAUGAUGUAUAAAGUGUACAUAAGAUUUUAGACAACUACCCAGACAACUGAGAUCGGAUCAUAUUUAUUCUGUAAAUAUGAGUAUGUUAGGAUGAUGGUCAAAUGAACUACCAGAAGUUGUUAAUAAAUGACUAGUUUUGGAAAUUUGAGUA